AUGGCCAGUUACUACGGAGGUCUGGGCCCCAUGCUCAAUGCAGUACUAUGGGUUCAAGUGGUUAUCUCUCUAGUCUUUGUUGGUCUUCGCAUUUACACCCGAUCUAGAAUCCUCCAUUCCGUUGGUCCAGACGACUACCUUGUCAUGACUGCAUUGGUCCUUCAGAUAAUUUACUCCGCUUUUGUCACCGCCGGAACGAAAUAUGGUGUCGGUCGAAGGUUCAACGACAUCGGGAACCCAGAUGCAUACUUCAAAGCUGUCGAACUCGAAGUAUACAGUCAAGUAGCCGGUAUUUUACUUAUCGGCGUGGGGAAAUGUGCUGUGGGCAUCUUUCUGUUGCGCAUCGUUCGGAACAGAUUUCAAAAGUCUUUUAUAUGGGCCUCUCUAGCAGGUACUGUCGGUAUCACACUUUUCGCAAGUAUUGUUGUUGUCGUACAAUGCUACCCCGUCGAGAGCACCUGGGAUAAGAGAAUCCCCGGGACAUGUUGGAUAGACUUUUCCAAAGUCGGGCUGACAGUUGGAUCUUGGUUCGUUGUUGCUGACUUUGCUUUUGCAAUUCUCCCAUGGUUUGUCAUCUGGGAGCUGAACAUGAAACGAAAAGAGAAGAUUACAGUGGCCUGCGGUUUGAGUCUUGGUAUAUUUGCUGGAGUAUGCGGCAUCGUUCGAACAGUGGCCCUUGACGGACUCAACGCCAACGAAUAUAUCUAUGACACAGUGGACAUGCUUAUAUGGUCCGCUACUGAGAGUACAGCCACAAUAAUGUGCUCCUCCAUCCCAGUCCUGCGUCCUCUCUAUGUACGCUUUCGAUACGGGAGUAAAGGCGACAGCUCUGGGGAGAAUAGCAGCUACAAGCUUCCCAUGUACGGUAAUCACAGUGGUAAGAAGUAUGGAACUGGGUCAAGGACGGAAGCACCUGCUGGGCCGUCCCAUCAAACUGUGAUUGCGUUUAAUGCCAAUAAUGCUAGCGAUGAGAGUAUCUUGCGCGAUACAAAGACCCAGAAUAAUGGUGGGGGGAUUACAAGAACUGGUGAGAUCUCGAUCAGCUAUGGGGAGAUGUAG